GGAAUAUAAAACGGCCCCUGUGCAGCACAGGUGAUCUUCACCCACACCCUGUGCUCUGACGGCGCUGAUAAAGACUGCUUGAGAUCUUCACAAUGUUGUAGAACCUUGACCAUGACUUCCUUCUAUGCCCCAGUGUAUGAAAUGGCUUUAGUCGCUGCAUUUCUUUUUCUUCUCCCUGCCUCAUGGGCUUGUGCCCCACAAAAAGCUGAUUAUAUCAUGAUUUCCUGUUUCCCAAACGCCAUCAUCGCAAAUGUUCCUGAGUGCCCGUAUGGGUGGGAAAUAGGACAGCUGUCUUUGGGUGGUGUGUGCUACACGGGGGUCAAUACUCCUGGCUUCUACCGCUUUACCAUUCCAGACCUCACACCCAAGAAUCUCUCGUACUGCGCCACCCUGUCUGAGUAUGUUGGAGGCAAAGACCCAAAAUACAUUUUCUACAACUCUAUCGUCUCCAAUGACUCGUCACUCACAGUGCGGAACCAGCCGGUGAACUACACCUUUAGCUGCACGUACAGAGCAGCUUACUUGGUCAAUAAUGCAGUCUUCAGUCAAAGAGUGGCAACGGUUUAUGUCAACAACGGGAGUUUAGGUUCUUUUAAGUCUCAAUUGUCUAUGAACGUCUUCACAAACUCUAAGUUCCUGUAUGCUAAAGAUGCUCCAUAUGUGAUUGACACAUCAGAAAUCGGCUCGGAGGUCUUUAUCGGCAUCGAAGCGAAAGGACUGAGUAAUAGAUUUAAGGUGGUUAUAACAAAUUGCUGGGCGACACCUACUCCUUAUUCAACAGACAAGAAGAGAUGGAGCUUAAUUCUCAAUAGCUGUUCAUCAGAUAACACGGUGACCAUAUUUGAGAACGCCAAAGACAGCCGCUCAAUGUUCAAGUUCAAUUCGUUCCGGUUUCAGCGUCUAGAGAAAGUGUCCACUGUGUGGCUUCACUGUGAGGUUCAAGUGUGCGAUGGUGAAAAGCUCUACUGUCUGCCGACUCCCUGUAGAUCACGGAGCGUCAAAUCUGAGCCAGAUCCACAUGGAGGUGUCUUGACCAUGGAGUUUCAAAUUAAAGCACAACAUUCUUCCAGUUACACACAUCUUGCAGGAACAUUUCUGAGCAUGUUGUGUGUGUUUCUUCUUAAUGCAGUUUUACGUUAUACCAGUUUGUAAAAGAUGUUUAGUGUGGGUGGGCUUAAAAUGUGCCCACUGUUCAAAGCACACUUACUCUCAUGCACCCACCCACCCACACACACACACACAAACACACACACACACACACACACACACACACAAAGAACAGCCAUACAAGUGUCUCAGGGAGUGUAAGACACUUUCCUCCUAAACGCUUGCUUGCUUUUUGCUUUUAUUUCGUGUGAAACAUUACAAUAAAAUCGAUAAGAGAUGUGAUAUCUUACUAAAAAGAAGAAAAUACAUCCUGUUUUGGUUUGAUUAGAAAUAACCUGUAAAGACAUUUGUUUUUGGAGUAAAAUUAACAGUGCUUCGUAUGUUUACUUUUCAUUUGUCACAAAGUAGUACUGGUAAAAACAGAGGUAGUUGCUAUGAUUGGUCUCUAGAUGUCAGGAACAGUCAGUGUGUAUGCACCAGGUAUUUUAUCUACAUGGAUUUGUUCUCUUCCUUUUUCUUUAUUCUCCACAUCACUACUGAUAUUUGGUUUGUAUGUCACCUGCAAUAAAUGUAUUAAAUAAGAACAGUAAAUAUUG